AUGGCUCUCUUGAGGUCCGUUUUAGAUCACGCCAUCUUACCCCCAAAUAUCCCUGGGAAAAGAGAAAAGGAAGAGUUCUGUUGGGAGAUUUCCAACAAUCUUCUCGCUAGAUUGCUGCGGGUUUGCAAAGAAGCGGAAGGCCUGACAACUCAGCCGUUCUGUGAUGCCAUCCGCUCUUUGACCGAAUCACUUCAAGCAUGCCACGAACUGAAUCAAGGGAGACUCGAUAAAGAAAUUAUGCUGCGAUACUUUGCACAAAUCAAGCCACAGGAUGUUCUAAUCCUUCAUGUGGUUGAGCAAAACGCCGCCAUUCUCAUCAGGCAUGAGAUCAAUGAGAACGAAAAUGCUUCAGUUGUCAUUGAGUCUUUCGAAACGUCUCCAGCGACUGAACACGUUCUUGCCGCCGACAAUGCCCUUCUUUGGGAUUUCCCUGGACGCUCUGUUCGCUUGACUCUUGCAGAGUUCGACGAUAAGAAGCUUCAGGAGUCGCUCGCGGCAUUCCUUGAGAAAGCCAGCAUGGAGUCAAUUCAUAGCCUUCAGGCUCAGGCUCGAAAAGCCGGAAGGGUUGUGUCCGAGCUAAGAGACACGUCCGACCCAGGAUUGAUAACGCAGAUGCUUAUGGCUAUCCUUGAGUCUAUCGGCGAUUUCGCAACGGUUCCAACUCUCAGAAAGAGAGUUAGAGAUGAUGUGAAUCUUGUGGAAGCGGCAUCACUACCAUGGAGAAGACUCCCUUUCUGGUUAGUCUUGCGAGUUGCAGUCCAGAGACAGCUUGGUCUUUCUCUCGGGCAGAGUGGACGGGCUUGUUACAAGUUGUCGAUGAGCAUUUUCUUUGCUAAUUUACUCCACGACGCUACGAAAAUGCUUGCUAUUAAGGAAGGCAAAGUCGGAAAUGUUUUUUCAUUGAAUGAGGUCAAAACGCUGGAACCUGAGCUGGUUUUCACUCUUCGAACAAAGCUAUGCCGCCGAAUGAUCAAGAUUGAGCGCGAGAAAGCUCUCCUGCAAACGCACAAAGAAGCUUUUGAAGAAUUCUUGAGCAACGUCGCGCCGACAAUUGAAGCCUCAAUUAAGUUUGCAAACAGCUCUGUCGAAACUCUGUGGAAUGAUGUAAAGAAAGAAACAGAACGAUCCAUCGGACAUCUUCCCCUACGAGCGCCUGAAAAAUCCUUUCACCUCUCACUUCAGAAUAGCAGCGGUCAUCUCAGCAAGCUAUUGGCUGCCAAGCAAGCUCCUCAGACCUUGAGCAAUGUGUCGUUGCAUCUCCUUGAUCGUUUAGUUGAUCAAAUUGGAGAAAGCCAUGGUUUCUUCAGUCGCAUAUAUGUACUCAGUCAGCUAGAGCAGAAGAUUGAGCUCGAUAGUCAGCUUGCUUCGAGCUCCAUCGAAGGUAGUGAAAGUCACUGCCAGACACUUGCUGAUCAAAUUCACAAGGUUUUUCAAGCGAUUGGAAGCACAUAUGAUGGCGACCCAAUUCUUCAGAGUGCCAAGGCACUCGCGAUAUUCGAACUCUGGAUGCGAAUGGACAGAUCUGCCCUUAAAAACUGUCCUCUGUUAGGCGACUACCGCCCAGUCUUCAGGCCUGGACUCCUCGAUGUCCUUCAACUGCCCACUCUGUCUGAUAUGAAGCGACUAUUGACAAUCCAGGACUAUCUUGACCGCCGCCAUAUAAAAGCUCGUCACGACCACAUUUUCGGCGAUCUGGAUGCCACCAAUUUUGCUGUACAAUAUGUGAGACAAUCAGAGCAGAUGAAGGUAGAAAUGGCAGCUAUCGAACGUGCAGCGACUACGAGCCGUGCAGCCAAGAUUGAACAAUGGGCAAAAGCUACAGCUGAAUACGAGCAACGUACUCAAAACAUCAAUACAAUGGCCUGUUGUUGCACAUUUGAAGGUCGAGUUCGGGAUGUUCGCGGCUGCACAAGAUGCUGGCACUGGAGGAUUCGCAAUAAGCUCAAAGUGCAACACCAUGAGGAUUUUCUUCCAACACAAACAGACAAAAAGAGUCAGAUCGUAUUUGAGUUGGUAAUGCCCAAGUACCUAUCUGCGUACCGCAACGCAACAUGGAAGAUUCUUAGGGACUUGGCGCACCCCGACCGCUUGCAAUCGAAGCCACCUUUUACUUCGUUAGCUUCAUGUCCUCUACUGUCGAACUUUAUGACUGCAGAUCACACGGCCAUUUCGCUUGCGUCUCGCAAGAAGUGCUUCAUAGAAACACAUUACAGUUUUAGUAAUGGACUGGUGCCUAUGAAUAAGAUCAUCCUGCCAUUCGCGGCAGAUUUCUAUUUAUAUGACCACGAAGCCAAGAUAUGGGCAAGAGAUCUCGCUAAAGCUCCCACGCUGUAUCAUAUUUGCGAGAUCCGUGUCCCGAGAGGGCUCUCUAGCACAAUUUUGAAACCACAACAGCAUCCGGCUGAGGAUUUUGACGGACCAUCAUCUUACGAGAUCCAAGCCAAUAUCACCAAAUGCCCAUCCACCAUGUCUGUAGCAGAGUUUUCGACAUAUCAGAAACUCCUUGCUGGCAAAUUUCGCCGCUGGCCAAAGAUUCUCGUGGAAUUGGGUUCUUCCAACCUCGACUUCAGCAGUGAGGAUACGACGUUGACGCUUACUCAGUUAACUGCCCAAGCUGGUCCCCGCGCUCUGGGAGAUUCUACCGCUCUACGUAGCGUGCAUUCAAUUAUGACGGAUAUAGACUUCACUCGAAGCUUAAAGGAGCAAAUUGGAAACCGAAUGGAGUCUAUUCGAACAAAUUGGAGAGAAGUAAGCGGCAUGGAGCUUCUCAUCAACUUGAGUUUACGAGCUUUCUCUCUACUACCCGAUGGCGAAAUGCGCAACGAGUUUGAGCAUCUCCUCAAGUUAGCUAGGGCUACUACACUAAACUGGAUCAACACAUCGCAGGAAGAAUCUAGGAAAGCUCGGGACAAAAAGGAUGCUCACAGAAUCUCCAUCUAUAGCCUGAAGGCCGCAUUACUAUGUCGUCGGACUUUCCAGAUCUACAUUAGCCGAGAGACGGCACUUUUGUCAACUGACCUUUCUUCCUGGAUUCGAGCUUCAGUUGCGCUUCAAGAGAAUCAAGUGAUUGGCAUCAACAAUUUGCCAGACUUGGCCAAAAACAUGCUCAUUCAUGAUGCAAAGAUGACUUCUCGGCUGAGCUCUUUGAUUCAUUCUGCAGUCGAAGCUCACCCAGAAAUUAUUGGAGAGGCUAUUGACACAGACUGGCAAAAUAUUACAAACUGUACGACCCAAUCCGAAUCAUCUUGGACGUUUGUUUCCUCUCCACACCAAAGAUGGAUUCGAUUCAUUGUGAAUGAAGAUUUUGAGCGCUCGCAAGAUAGGCAAGUCUUUCAUUUACAUAUUCUAGAAGGCCAUUUCCUCGUUAACGGAAAGAGGCGAGGGAGUCUCCCACCAGCUAUGCUCAACGAUCCCACUAUCCAGCUUUUGUUCAGAGAUCACAGCUUGUAUGUCUAUCCAUCGUCCAUGUUCGGUAUGGACUAUAGACUUGACCAACUAGUUGAAGAUCACAGCAUUCAUCUUGGCCGGCGCGACUCUGAGAUCAUUGUUCGAGCAAUUGUCCGAAAAAGGGCUAGAGCACAGAAAGCAGACGUGCUUUACGAAUUCAUUCCCAGAUCUCUUUUUAAGCUGGAUAACCCGAUGACCUUUGAUCUACCCACGAGUCUAGUGGAUUCCUGCUAUCACUGGCUGGCUUUAGAUACAGGUAUCUUAGAAAUUCGGCGCUCAGUUUGGUGGAGCCGUCCUCGCGACUGGAGAUUGAACGUUUCUCAGCGGACAGCAGCUCGUGGUGGAAACGUCAGACUGGUUGAUCCACGAUCUGCCAUUUUUCAACAAGUGACCAACGUGUUUCAGCAUUUUGAAAUGCCACAAAAGCUAACAGUCUUCCAACCGGUGGCACGAAAGGGCACGCUUUCAGUCGAACUGCGUCACCUAGAUCUAGAGUUCAAAGUCAAUGAGGAUGGUUUACUCGACUGCAAGCAGCUCAAAGCCUUUGUCGACCUCAAUCAAGAUGCCGGAACAUGGUAUGGGCUCACCAGUAAGAUUGUGUUACGGGAUACGCAAGAUGAGAAGAAGAGAAGCAUAAUUGUACCCAAUGGAAAAUUGAUGUGGGCACGCCACCACAGCGGCGUACAUGUAUCAUCUUUCUCAACGGGCUCUGAUGGAUAUUUUCGCUUCGACAUUGACGAGACUCUUGGCCGUUUAUCUGCACCAGCAGAACCACUUUUGCUGUAUAAGAAAGCUCUAUAUCAUGCUGUCACAUCCUUCUGUGUACCAGAUGCUCUAACAGGAGUAACCGGAACGGAGGAAGCAAUCCGCAUCCUGAAGUCUGAGGGUAAAAUGGAGUCAACUGCUUACAGUGACAAUUCAAAGCGACCAAUUCGAAAUAUUCAGGAGAAGGCGGCUAAACUCGCGAAAUUUUCUCAAAACAAGGAUAUUCUCCCGAUGCCUUUGAGGGAGGAAACCCAACUACGGCUCCGUGCAAAAGCUCGCCGCUCGCUAUAUGAGCGGACAAUUGAAGACACCGCAUACUCACGGCAGGCCGAUAAAGCUUACGUUUCUCGUGACAGAUCACUAGAUGCCAAUAGCCGCCAAGUAUACAGAUUUGCCAACAUGAUACGCUCGAGCUCACCCCAUGUCGAGAUCAAGCGCAGUCUGCAGGAAAUUCUUGAAAGCUGGGACUAUAUUGAUGGCUUCAAGGAUAGUUCUCUGUUGAGUGUUGAGCCUCUUUUGAAUCAAAUGGAAGACCCGAUCAAUCAGCGCUUAGGUUCACUUAUAAACUUAUGCUGUGACGAAGACAAUGUAUUUUCGUCAAUCUUUCAGCUAAGUUUAAUCCUUUUUCGCCCACAGGCUGAUAUGGACGUUGUUAAGUUUGUGGCAGCCUUUUGCUGUAUCAAGGAGCUCAGAGAAUUGGAGCGUCCACAGUAUUCUGGCUUUUCGCGCUUCAAAGAACGCGGCCCACCUUCAGUCAAGAUCCUUCAGCAGUUCAUCACCGAAGCGUUCAUGCCGUGUCCCCGGGUGUCUAAUAACGAGCAUAAGCAGCAGAGAAAGAGAGAGAGUCACGAGAAAGAGUGUGAAAUCCAAGGAAAGUUGUUUGCCGAAGAACUUUUAAAAUUUUGGCCCGAGCUUCCAGAUUGUAUUGACUUCGGCGAGGCCCAUGCUCUACCUCUUAUCAAUAUUUCCGUUGCCUUAAGAGCUAUCAAGGCAGACUGGGAUCGCAGAAAGCAGAAUGAUGUGUUGGCGGCCUAUGUAGGUCAAAUUGAUGCAAAUAUCUCGCAUUAUCAAGAACAAUACGACGGCUCAGGCUGCCACUCGACGGAACCAGGACAUUGGCAGCCGCGAAUCUCCAACUUUCCCAAUGCCAAACAUCAAGAGAUUAUACCAUCUAUUUCGCAGCAUCUUGUGGUUAAAGAUGGCCCAGAGCUUUUUCGACUGUGUGGCCAUUUCAAAUCUACUAAGCGAACAUCACAGGACAGCAAACUUCAGCAAGCGCCACCUGAACUUGUCGAACUAGGUCAAAUACUAGACUCCUUUUCUAGCUCGCCAAAUACCCUUCGUCGUGAUUAUAGCGGCGACCUUCGCAGCAGCUUGGAGGCUUUGGAGCAUAACAGCCAUGUGACAGGUGCCGGUUCGCUGACUUUCAUCCCUGAAAUGAUGGAGAUCACGGAUGCCAUCGAAGACACCCAGGCCGCUGCAGCCACAUAUCUUGAAUUGAUCAAGGACGGGCUUUGGUCAAGCGAUACUCGGUUCAAGUGGCUCGAAUUAGGAGACCUUUUGCCGUGCAAAACUCCUAUUGAGAUGCUUGAACUUUUGCAAUCUCGCGCUAAUCAUAGAUUUGGCCAUCAGAUGAAAGAAGCCCUGAUACAUUAUGGCUGCGCAAUUGCCGAAAUCCAGAGGUUAACCCGUCUGAGAUCAGCUAUUCUUCGUGAGGAUCAGCGAGCCAUGUAUGAAGAGCUUCACAAUGUUGGCCAUGAGAACUGGGAUCCUGUGCAAGAAGAUUCAGAUUGGCUGCUACUUGAGAUUGACAGCAACAUGUUGAUUCGCACGGAUCAAGUUGACGUUGCCCGAGCAAUCAUUAAUCCCGUUUCGGGCAAGAAUAGCGUACUACAAAUGAACAUGGGGAGAGGCAAAACAUCAUGUAUCAUGCCCAUGGCCGCGGCUACGUUGGCAAAUGGCAUGGAUGUAUCCCGCCUUAUUGUCCCUAGGGCUCUUGUAAUGCAAACAGCUAAUAUGAUACACGCACGACUCGGCGGCCUCGUCGGACGAGGAAUUUAUCAUAUACCAUUCUCGCGACAAACAUCCACGGCAGAUCAUAUACUUCAGCUAUACAAGGAGCUGCAUCAUGAUAUGCAAAGAUCCAGAGGUUUAAUCUUAACGAGCCAUGAGCAUGUGCUAUCGUUUAGGCUAUCAGGGCUACAGCGCCUCGCAGAUAGUAAAUCCAAAGAAGCCAAAACAAUGAUCACCUUCCAGAAAUGGCUUGAUACCCACUGUCGAGAUAUACUGGAUGAAUCAGAUUUCACACUGUCUCCGAAAACCCAGUUGAACUAUCCUAGCGGAUCAGAAGAUGCUGUCGACGGGCAUCCAUUCCGAUGGCGGGUUGCUCAGGGCCUUCUAUCCAUGGUGUGCGAGUAUGUGCCGCGAUUACGGAAAAGUUUUCCAGGGAGUAUAGAGGUUCUGGAAACAUCUAGCUGGCUUCCUACUAUUCAAUUCCUACGUACUGAUGUCGAAGAUGAGCUUCACCGGCUCAUAGUAGAAGAUGUCGCUGCUGGCAAAGCUCCAUUCCUCUACAGAGAAGAGUCGGUCAAUGAAGACACGCGAACAGCUAUCAAGCGAGUGCUUUCUGAGAAAAAUCUUGAUAGAAAGUUAUUCAAGAAAGCGGUCAAUUCUUUUUCACGCCCCGAGAGUGCGAAGAAAAUGCUACUCACUGUUCGAGGUUUCAUUACUUGCAAGAUACUGGUGCUCUGCCUAGCAAAGCGAUGGAACGUGCAAUACGGCCUUCAUCCGCACCGGCCUCCCGUCGCAGUCCCUUAUAUGGCUAAAGGCGUGCCCUCAGAGUUAUCCGAGUACGGUCAUCCGGAUGUUGCCAUCAUUUUGACAUGUCUAAGCUUUUACUCAGCUGGACUGUCAUACGAGCAGUUCCGACAAGUCAUAAAGCAUGUAUUGGAUUCGGAAGAUGCAGCGUUUGAGUACGAAAAGUUAACUUCAGGAUCAAUUCUGCCUCCUUCUCUACAGCAUUGGAAUUUUAUCAAUCUCGACGAUGAGUCCCAGAUGAGGCUGCUUUGGGAGCUUUUGUGCCGAACUCAAGUUUGUACCGACUAUUAUAUGAACAACUUUGUCUUUCCACCUCACGCGCGGCAAUUUGCUAUAAAAUUGCAGGCUUCUGCUUGGGAUAUUCCUCAGGCUACCGAACCAACAAAAACUCUCAGCGCGCGAACGACAGGCUUCAGUGGCACCAAUGAUAACAGGUACUUACUACCGAUGACAAUUCAGCAAGAAGAUCUCUCCGAUCUACUUCAGACCAAUGCUGAAGUUCUAUCGUACCUGUUGCAGCCUCGAAACAGAGGAUACGCUGUCUUGGUGGACCGCAAUCGGCGGCGUCUCAGUGAGAAGGAUAUGCUGAAAGAGCUAUCGAAACGUGAUAUUAGGGUUCUGAUAGACGCUGGUGCAUAUAUUCUUGAGAUGGGAAACCGAGACUUGGCUAGGCUGUGGCUCGAAGUCGACAAGAAGAAGGUAGACGCAGCUGUUUACUUUCGUGCCGACAAUAGUGCUUGGGUUACCUUCAAAGAUCCGGCGAAGCGAGAUGCACCGCUGCUUGCGACACGACUAGCGAAUGACUUGAAAGAUUGCGUUGUCUAUUUUGAUGAGGCUCAUACCAGAGGGGUUGACCUGAAGUUGCCUGAAGAUGCUCGGGCGGCACUGACUCUGGCACUCAAGCAGACGAAAGACACAACAAUGCAAGCGGCCAUGCGCCUUCGACUACUACGUACAACUCAAUGUGUGACUUUCUUCGCGCCGCCAGAAGUCAAUAUGAGCAUCAGGGAUAUUUGCGGUCAACGAUUCCCUAUUGAACACUACAUCGAGUCUCCUCACGUCAUUUUCUGGCUCUUAGAACAGACCUGUCGGGCAAAUGAAGACUUGCAUCCAUUAUUCCGGGCGCAAGGUAUCGAUUUCUGCAGACGCGCAAAUGCAGUGUUGCAGUACCCAGACGUCCUUACUUCGGAGUCUUCUAAGUCUAGUCUUGUCAAAAUACUGCAACAGCAAGAGCAUCAAACUCUGGAGCAGCUAUACGGCGGCUCGACUCACGAUCCAUUGCAAAGUCUCGGAAAAUUGAGCUCGGCUCGCCUUCAAGAAUUCGUGGAGAAGCUAUCUCGAAACGAUAGUACUGACGGCUGGCAGCAAGAUGCAUUUGGCGAGGUGGAGCAAGAACGUGAGCUCGAAGUACAGCUUGAGACAGAACGCCACACAGAAAAGCCCAUCCACUACGAGGCAUUCCCAUUUCCAGGUCUGAGCUCAACUAUCCUAGGUUUCUUGAAGACUGGGGAGCUGGAUACUGCCGCUGGAGAAGUCGAUUAUGCCUUUGACUACAUUGGUCAGGCGGAAGUUGGUAAAAAGCAUGAGAUUUGUGGUACUGGAUCGAGAUUCUUUGUCUCAAAAGAAUUUGGUCGUACAAUUGUGCACUAUAAAAAAAAGAAGAAUCCGGGCGAUCGGUUCUUGCGUCCUGUGGAAUGGAUUCUCUGGAGCGUUUCCACCCAGACCGCCCUGGUUGUCAUUCCAGAAGAAGCGGAGCUGCUUAUUCCAAGGCUUCGACUCGCCGAUAACGAAUCGAAAGUGCAUCUCAUUGCCUACGCUGCGCCCAUCACACGAACUAUGACACCUUUCAACCAGCUUCGGUACUAUACAUUCCCGCCAAUCCCCCUCGAUGCUGAAUUCCCUUCGUGGUUCAGAGUGGAGCUGGGCGUUCUAGCAGGCCGCCUCUACAUGGACUACGAAGACUGGAGUCUCACAAACGCGUUCAUGAGGGACUCCCAAGCGGAUACUCCAAUUAGCUCUGCGUUUCUGUUGGAAUGGCUUGGUGUUCGCUGCCGAGCGAAUGAUGUGCUCCAUACUCCAAUAGGUUACAUCUGUCUUGGAAAGACACCAGCUCACGACCAUCCCUUUUUCGCGCGAACUACCUCUAUAACGACUUCGAUGCUCAAAGCCUUGCCAACUGAUGAUACUGUCGAAGAGCCAGAGAAUGAAGAAUGGGAAGAGACAGAUAGUGAAGAAUGGAAAGAGGCAGAGGAGGGAAAUUGGGAAGAGAAUGCGCCUGAUGAGAAAUGA